AUGCAAGUCCGAGUAUCCAUGAGCUUUCAACUCUACAUCAUACAACAAUGCACUCCAAAUGUGGAGAAAAUAACAGAUAAUAUUGUUACCGAUGAAAUUACCGGCAUGGAUGACAAUGGUUUUAACAAGUUAACUUCAAAUUCGUCCGUGUACAAUGACACAUUCACUUUUAAAAAUCGAACUGAUGUUUGCGUAACAACUACAACGACUGCAACGACGGUGACAACAGUCGCUUCGGCAACUACAACUAUGACACACACGUCGUCCAUAUCCGCAACUACUACAACAGUGUCAGAAAUCGCGCACUAUUAG